AUGUCCCAGUGGCGAGGCAGUGAGGACGACGCGCCAGGUUCCAGCAAGAAUCAAACCCCUCAAUACCCGCCUCUCAACGGCCUUAUUCCCCGAGAUUAUCUAGGCGCGCGAUCCGAGGUGGCUUUACGCGGCGCUCCUGGUUCUCGGCAUAAUUCGCCAUCACCACUGCACACUAGUUCUCUCCCAAAGUCACGCCUUCAAGAUUCUCCUUCUCAGAGUCCAUUAUCACCUAGGUCGAGCGCCAACCCUUCUCCAUCCCAGGACCGUUCGCCCAUCUCCCGUAUAGCCAAUGCUCCGUUUCCAGCACCUCCUUCGAACCCUACCCAUAAUUUCUCGCAGUCACCAGACAUGAUGGAUAUGGAGUCGGGCAGCGUCGCCAAAUCCGACGGCAGUAUUUCCAAACCGCCUGGUGCAGCUGAGCCUGAUCGUUCCGCCUCCUCCUCCGUGAGCUCUAUAAUGUCGGCCCCCGGAGAUCGUCCAACCCACCGCAUCAUGCCUCGCACGUCGUCCAUUGAUUCUGCCAUCUCAUCCUUGUCGUCUGCUUCGCAAAAAUCAACCUUUGAUGCCAAUGCGUUGAGCCCAGCGGACAUUAGCAACCUCAUCAAUGCAGCUGGUUCAGCGGAGGCUGUCAUUGUAUAUCUCCUAAGGGAGAAGCACCAGGCAGCGUCUCAGAACUCGCAGCUUUGGAAGCUAGUGGACAAACAAAGGACUCUCAUCUUGGGUCUUAACAAAGACCUUGAACGCGCUUUCAAUGAGAAAGAAAAGUACAAGAAGAAACUGAAAGAGCUCCAAGACUCCACGCCUCCACUCCCAGCUGCGAAUCCCGGAAGUUCACUUGCUGGUUUAGCUGGAGCAGCCCAGUCCCAGCAAACUGUCACCGGUCCGAGUGGCGAGCAACAGGGUGGCAGACGGCAGACCCCACAACCAACUAUCGUGCCAGUCCAAACCGCAUCCCGAUUGACCCUUGAAAGCAACGAUCUGAGUCCCACAAGCAAUCUAUCGUCUCCAAUUGGAAGCGACGGGCAGAAAUUUCCGCACCCGAAUCGCAAGCCCCCACCGGCGCCCCUUGACUUACGAUUGCCAAGUGAUAAUGUUCGCAAAGUUCACAGUGACCCAGACUCGGGAUCCGAUUACGGCGAAUCACAGGAUGAAAGAUCAAGCCUUGAUCGCGGAAGGAGGAAGACCAGAGAGGAAGAUGAUCGAGAUCGGGAGGCUAUAAAAAAUGAAUCCGACCCCCAGGGAUCUAUGAGCACGGCUAAACUUGGGUCAUCUCACUCCUCCCGGGACACAGCUACGUCUGCUAGCCCAGCAGCAACUGCUUCCCUCGAGCUUGCCACGAGAUCACCACCAAAGGUAGGCCCAUCUGGCUCUCUCGGAUCCAUUCUCAACUCUCGGGCGAAUUCUUCCCUUCCCGAUGGACGUCCGAGCUUCCCUAAUCCUAAAAGUCCCGGUUUACCAUUAAGCCCGAGGCCAGAGGAUCGACCUCUUGGUUCGCCUUUGCCCCGCAUGCCCCGAGACAUCAACUCUGUCACAAGUCAAUCUAUAACUGCAGGCACCAAUCUACCUGGUUUACCUCUUUCCCCGCGAGCUGGCAAUUACCCAGCGCAUAUUGGCCCGAUGCCAUCAAUCGAUCCUGCCGUGAAGAUAGACAGCCCGAGGUCCCUGCGCUCUUUAGGAUCCAGUAUCUUCCAGGGACUGGUGUCGGACGAGUACCCUGGCUUACUGUUGCCUCCUAAUGCCCUUCCUGUGAUUCAAGUGCAAGUCUCUUCAUCCCGACUUCGACCCUCCAGGAAUAGUUAUAUGGCUUCAAAACCGCUUGAAGAGGAGCCUGUGUUUACUCUCAGCGUGAUCUCUCGGGCUGAGAUGUGUGAACUCUGGCGAGUUGAAAAAGUCAUUGCUUCUUUGCCUCAGCUAGAUUACCAAAUUCGCCAAUUGGUCACCUUCACUGGGAGAUUACCGGAUCGCGCUAUUUUUAGUGGACACUCCCCUGCUAAAGUAGACGCACGGCGUGCCGCGUUGAACGCGUACUUUGACAAUCUCUUAAAUACACCCAUGGAUGAAAAAGCGGCCCUGGUCAUCUGUCGGUUCCUUACAAGCGACGCCAUCGAGCCACGAGACGAUGAAACUAGCCUGCUAAAAGACAAUGGUUCGACGCAGCUUAAUUUGUCUCGGGGGUCUGAUGGAAGGCCUCGAAAAGAAGGCUACCUAACAAAAAGAGGUAAAAACUUUGGUGGAUGGAAAGCGCGGUAUUUUGUCCUUCAUGGACCCGAGUUGAAAUAUUUCGAGUCUCCUGGUGGCCCCCACAUGGGUACUAUAAAGCUGCAUCAUGCCCAAAUCGGCAAGCAGUCGCAGAAUCCUAGCAGUCAGGGUAAUCCUCCUGGUACUGAUGAGGAUGCCGACAAUCAAUAUCGCCACGCCUUCCUUGUAUUGGAGCCGAAGAGGAAAGACUCCUCGGCCCUUGUCCGACAUGUGCUUUGUGCAGAGAGCGAUGAAGAGCGCGAUAGAUGGGUAGAAGCUUUGAUGGAGCACGUCGAGAGUCCUUCAGACAACGAUAGUCGGGGCAGUGCAUCCAGCAAGGGCCAGCCUCAAACACAGGGAAGACAGCAGCAAAACCUAGACAAUGGAAGCAAACCGGUGUCAUUACCCAACAGUGGCAGCAGAAAGCCAACCAGGAGCAUUGAAAGCCCUGACCAGGAGUUUGCGGCCCCCGUCCAAGGAUUUAGCUUCGAUAACACCAUCGCGGCAGAGCCUCCCAUAUUCGGCUCCUCCAUUGAACAGGCCCCUCGAUCGCCCCGUAUACCGGCUACGCUCUCGACAGACUUCCGAGACUUGAGCCAAUCUCCCGUUGAAGGCGCCUUGCAGUCACCCAAGACCAUCUCGGGACCUACCAAUGGGGCCGUGAUCCAGGACGUGGGAGCCUGGGGCAACAAAACCACAAUGUCAACCAAGGAGAAGAAACGCAGCAUCUGGGGCUUCCGCACUCGGUCCUCCUUCGAUCUGGCGUCUCAGGCCCCAGCUGUCAACGACCUAGCUGCAACCAGUAACAGCAUCCAAGCGGAACGGAAGGAUCCUGUCAGACCUGUAUUCGGGAUUCCCUUGGCAGAGGCUGUUCAGUACUGUGCCCCACUUGGAGUUGAUGUGGAGCUUCCGGCUGUUGUGUAUCGCUGCAUCGAAUAUUUGCAUUCCAAGGGCGCGGCGUUAGAAGAAGGAAUCUUCCGCCUGAGCGGCUCCAAUGUUGUGAUUAAGGCCUUGAAGGAGCGAUUCAAUACCGAGGGUGACGUGGAUUUUGUUGGUGGAGAUCAGUAUUAUGAUGUUCACGCCGUCGCCUCUCUCUUCAAGCAAUACCUUCGAGAGCUCCCAACCACGGUGCUGACUCGGGAGCUUCAUUUAGAUUUCCUUCGGGUUCUCGAGCUCGACGACCGCCAGAAGAAGGUCACAGCCUUCAACGCUUUGGUUAGCCGGCUGCCAAGGCCAAACCUUGUGCUACUGCGGGCCUUAUCAUUGUUCCUGAUCGAGAUCGUUAACAACUCUGACGUGAACAAGAUGACCGUUCGCAAUGUUGGCAUUGUUUUUGCCCCGACUCUUAACAUUCCCGCGCCGGUGUUCUCGAUGUUCCUUACGGACUUCGAUAGCAUCUUUGGGGAUAUUGGAUCGGGCCCAGGCCCAGCCAUUGAAUUAACAGUGGAUCACAGUCUAUCUCCUGAUGAUGUUCGCUCCCCUCGUCAUCAGAUGUUCUCGGACAUACCAACCCCAUCGUAUAAUCAGACGUCAUUCCGAGGUCAAGCGGACGCACCCAGUGGUCCUUCAGAUACCUCCCGAGCCGCCCAUGACACAGGCUUUGCUCCUUUGCAGCCCAGCUAUGACCAGCCAACCUACAGGAGUGACGCAUAUAGCCAACACCAAGGCGCAUCACCCUCCUAUGGUUCGUUAAAUGGCAUGUUAUCUCCCGGUUCAGACGAUACACGCUCAGCCAAGACAAAGAGGCGAGAGAGCUCAAUGCUCUUCAUGGAAUCCAACCCAGGAGAUCUUUCCUUCUACCAAGACAAAUAA